AUGGAAAAAGACAUAAUUACUAUUGAUGAUCAGGAUGAUGUUGCGCAUGAUAUUGCUUGUAGUGAUCAAGUUGUGAGAGAAAUUCAUUACCACCAGGCCCGGAGAAAUCCCGGAGAAGCCAAGGCUGCUACGAAAUCCGGCAGAGCACGGAAAGCUAAAGAUUCUAAGCCAAAGAAAGCUGCAGCUCCGAAGAAGCCACGAACAACUUCUACUCAUCCUACUUAUGAAGAGAUGAUAAAGGAUGCGAUUGUUAGCUUAAAAGAGAGGACGGGUUCAAGUCAAUACGCCAUUACUAAAUUCAUAGAAGGGAAACAGAAACAGCUUCCUGGGAACUUUAAGAAGCUUUUGCUAUUCCAUUUGAAGAAGCUUGUGGCUGCUGGGAAGUUGACUAAGGUUAAGAAUUCGUAUAAGCUACCUCCGGUGAAGUCCUCGAAGCCGGCGAUUACUGCUUAUGCUCCAGCCAAGAAGAAACCAGAUGCUACUAAGCCUGCUUCGAAGGCCAAGGCAGGGAAGAGUGCUAAAUCUGGUUCUAAAGCUCCAGCUAAGAAGAACACUCCUAAGCCCAAGAGCAAGCCGGCGACCAAACCAAAGGCUGCUCCUAAAGCUAAGCCUGCUCAGACGAAGAUUAAGGCGGUGGCUUCUGUGAAGCCGAAGACUACUCCGGCAGCCAAGUCGAAGGCUGCAGCCAAGCCUAAGGAUAAGCCGGACAAAGCCGCGAGGACUUCGACAAGGACUACUCCUGGGAAGAAGGCGGCUCUUCCUCCUCCUAAGCCAGCUGCAAAGAAGGCUCCGGCAGCUAAAAAAGCUCCGGCGAAGGGUGUUAAGCCGAAGAGUGUCAAGUCACCGGCAAAGAGAACCACGACGAGAAGAGGAAGGAAAUGAGAGGCUAGUAGUCAUUGUAGGGGUAGUUUUGUAAAUUUGAGUGUUGAAGUUUAGUGAAUGUAUUUGGGUCAGUGUAUAACCGAGAGA